UCCCUUAGUGUGAUUGAAUAUUCUAGCGUGUUAUAUUUGCUGACUGCAAAAUGGAUAUAAACUUCAUAGAUGGGUUAACUCUGGAAGAAGCAUUGCAAAUGGCUUAUUCAGACGACCUCGAUGUUCGAAACAUCUUUAUAGAACCGCCAGAUGUGAAUGAAUUGACUGAUGAAGAUUCUGGCGAGGAGGAUGAAGGAGGGCUUGUUGACAAUUUGUCAAGAAAUCAACUGAAGGCAUCCGCUCAGUUAGAAGUUUUUCAAAACGAUUCCCUCGAAGAUGACGAACCAAUUACUCUCGACGAACAUAAUGAGGGGAUGCGCGAAAAUUUUGUAGAAGGAAACAAUCGAGAAGAAACUGUUUUCGCGCAAGCAGAAAAAAUUGAUUAUGACAAAAUUGAAUGGAUCGAAGGUGAUCUUAUGAUGACGGCGAAAGAAUUUCCUAAGGGAAAUUAUGAGAAUUUCAAAACUUUCACGCCUGUCGAAAUGUUCGAACUGUUCUUUGAUGAUGACAUGAUUGAUUUUUUCUUGGAAGAGACGACAAGAUAUGCCUUUUUCAAAAAUCAUCCCAAUCCCCAAAUAACUCGGGAGGAAAUGCGGUGUUUUCUCGCAAUCCUAAUAUUGUCUGGAUAUAACUGGAUGCCAGGCAAAAAAUUAUUUUGGGAUACUGCUGGAGAUUUGGGCAACCAAUUGGUUAUAGAGGCAAUGAGAAGAGAUCGGUUUUUGACAAUUUGGAAAUAUUUCCAUUUAGCAAAUAAUAAUGAUAUCGAUCAAUCCGAUAAGUACUACAAAUUGCGACCACUCGUAGAAAAAUUGCAAGCCAAAUUUAUGAAAUAUUACGUACCCGAGAGAGAUUUGAAUUACGAUGAAUCCAUGGUAAAAUAUUUUGGUAGGCAUUCAUGA